AUGGCCCAUAGGCCUCACAGAGCCACCCGAAGCAUGGCCGAUAGGCUUGACAGAGCCACCCAAAGCAUGGCCCAUAGGCCUCACAGAGCCACCCGAUGCAUGGCCCUUGGACUCACAGAGCCACCCGAUGCAUGGCCCAUAGACCUCACAGAGCCACCCGAUGCAUGGCCCAUAGACCUCACAGAGCCACCCGAUGCAUGGCCCAUAGACCUCACAGAACCACCCGAUGCAUGGCCCAUAGACCUCACAGAGCCACCCGAUGCAUGGCCCAUAGACCUCACAGAGCCACCCGAUGCAUGGCCCGUAGACCUCACAGAGCCACCCGAUGCAUGGCCCAUAGACCUCACAGAGCCACCCGAUGCAUGGCCCGUAGACCUCACAGAGCCACCCGAUGCAUGGCCCGUAGACCUCACAGAGCCACCCGAUGCAUGGCCCGUAGACCUCACAGAGCCACCCGAUGCAUGGCCCGUAGACCUCACAGAGCCACCCGAUGCAUGGCCCAUAGACCUCACAGAGCCACCCGAUGCAUGGCCCGUAGACCUCACAGAGCCACCCGAUGCAUGGCCCGUAGACCUCACAGAGCCACCCGAUGCAUGGCCCGUAGACCUCACAGAGCCACCCGAUGCAUGGCCCGUAGACCUCACAGAGCCACCCGAUGCAUGGCCCGUAGACCUCACAGAGCCACCCGAUGCAUGGCCCGUAGACCUCACAGAGCCACCCGAUGCAUGGCCCGUAGACCUCACAGAGCCACCCGAUGCAUGGCCCGUAGACCUCACAGAGCCACCCGAUGCAUGGCCCGUAGACCUCACAGAGCCACCCGAUGCAUGGCCCGUAGACCUCACAGAGCCACCCGAUGCAUGGCCCGUAGACCUCACAGAGCCACCCGAUGCAUGGCCCGUAGACCUCACAGAGCCACCCGAUGCAUGGCCCGUAGACCUCACAGAGCCACCCGAUGCAUGGCCCGUAGACCUCACAGAGCCACCCGAUGCAUGGCCCGUAGACCUCACAGAGCCACCCGAUGCAUGGCCCGUAGACCUCACAGAGCCACCCGAUGCAUGGCCCGUAGACCUCACAGAGCCACCCGAUGCAUGGCCCGUAGACCUCACAGAGCCACCCGAUGCAUGGCCCGUAGACCUCACAGAGCCACCCGAUGCAUGGCCCGUAGACCUCACAGAGCCACCCGAUGCAUGGCCCGUAGACCUCACAGAGCCACCCGAUGCAUGGCCCGUAGACCUCACAGAGCCACCCGAUGCAUGGCCCGUAGACCUCACAGAGCCACCCGAUGCAUGGCCCGUAGACCUCACAGAGCCACCCGAAGCAUGGCCCGUAGACCUCACAGAGCCACCCGAAGCAUGGCCCAUAGACCUCACAGAGCCACCCGAAGCAUGGCCCGUAGACCUCACAGAGCCACCCGAAGCUACCGGCUUAGUCUGA